AAUUAAAAGAGAAGAUAAAAGAACAAGAAAUGAAAAUUGAAAAGACAAGUCCAGAAGUAGAAAAAGAGAGUACUAGCAAGGCAGGUCCAGAUAUUAGAGCAAAAGAAAUGAAAUCAUAUAUAGAAAUGAAGCAAGUGAAGCAAAAAGAAGAAGGAAAAGCCCAAAGAA